AUGCAUCUUGUCACUAAGGUCGGGCUCGAUAGCCUGCGGGGUGCCGCUCUCAUCACUGUUCUCACCUCUGUGUGUUCUACCGGCUUCUGUCUAUUCGGCUACGACCAGGGUGUUAUGUCCGGGGUUGUUAUUUCCAGCUUCUGGCUGGAGCAGAUGGGCAAUCCCAGCACAAUCAUGGUCAGCACAAUCACCGCUCUCUACGACGUUGGCGCUAUCUUUGGUGCCAUCUUUGCCGCCUUCACCUCUGAGCCACUCGGUCGCAAGCGCACCCUCAUCUUUGGGGCAAUUAUCUUGCUCAUUGGUACCAUCUUGAUGGGCUCGUGUGUGGAGCGCAUCCAGAUGAUGAUUGCUCGUAUCAUCACUGGCAUUGGCAUUGGUUACAUAACAUCUGUGACACCAGUGUAUCAGAGCGAGAUCACGCUGCCGGAGCAUCGUGGCUGGCAGGUUUGCUGUCAGCUCACGAGCAUGCUCUUCGGGCUCAUGCUCGCUUACUGGAUAAACUACGGCUUGUACUUCCAGAAUAGCGCAGUGCAAUGGCGCUUCCCGCUUCUCUUCCAGUGCGUUUUCGCCAUAUACGUGAUUGUCGUCACUAUGUGGAUGCCGGAGACGCCACGAUGGCUCAUGCGUCACGACCCCACUCCCGACCGUGGCAUCUUAGUACUGGCACACCUGAGGAACUUGCCGAUCGAUCAUCCAAUCAUCGUCAAGGAAGCAAAAGAAAUCCUUGAUGCCAUUGAGCUCGAGAGUAAGGAGGAAGGCUCGUGGAGGGACCUGUUCAGAGACAACGGCAUUAUGGGACAUAGGCGCUUCUACCUCGCUCUCGGAAUACAGUUCAUGCAGCAAAUGACGGGUAUCAACAUUGUGACGUACUAUGCCCCGACGCUCUUCAAGGAGUCUCUCGGAAUGACUCAAGAAAUGUCUCUCUUCCUCGGCUGUUGGCUGCAGGUUUGGUAUCUCCUUGCGUCCUUCGUUACCUGGUUCACGAUCGACCGCAUCGGACGCCGGAAGUUGCUCAUUAGCAUGGCUAUUGGGCAGAUGAUUGUGCUGGCGAUUGAGGCUGCCUGCGUCAAAGUGAACAAUCCUCGCGCAAGCAUUGCUGCUGUCUUCUUCAUCUUCGCGUACGAGACCUGUUUCACAUGGGGUUGGAUGGGCACCGUAUGGGUGUACCCAGCGGAGAUCCUCCCGCUCAAGAUUCGCGCCAAGGGCGCCGCCCUCGCUGCGGCGGCCGAUUUCCUCGGGAACUUCCUUGUUGUCGAGAUCACCCCUCCCGCGCUGCAAAAUAUCGGCUGGAAGACAUACCUCAUCUUCGCUGUUUUCAAUAUCGUUAUAGGAGCCAUUGUGUGGGCGUUCUACCCCGAGACCGCAAACCAGACGCUCGAAUCCAUCGAUGAACUGUUCCAUCAUGCAGAAAAGGAGGAGGUACAGAGUUCUGGCGCCUCCUUUAUACAGUGGUCGAUGAUUCCCAAGGCUGCGGAGGCACGCAAGCGUGCUCGGGCGGCGCGCAAGGUUGAACUAGAAAGUGCUGCAAGGGAGGAGGGUGGUACUCCCGAUUCGCAUCAUCAUAGCGAAUCAAUAAGCGUACAGGAGAAAGAGAAGGGAAGCGGUCAGGAGUACAUCGAGGCCGUCGAAAAGCGAUGA